UACAAAAUCCUUGAGUUAAAAAGAUAUUUUGAGGAUGUAUCGAAGAUAUGAAACAGAUAGUACUAAUGAGACUAUUCUUGAAUGAGUAGACAAGAGCAUUCAGUGUUUAAUACUGACUCUGACAACUAGCUUCAGAAAUGAUCUACACAAUAGGACUAUUUUUAUUAGCAACCAGCUCGAUUGGAUUUUCAAGAAAAAUUCAAUCACGAGAGCCCGAUGAUUCUAUUUCAAAUCCGAUGGGAUGGUUAUUUGAUAUUGAAGCAGAAAAUAAUGGAGAAAAUAAAAAUGAGCUGAGGGAAACUGAGACCGUUUGCCUUACAAAAGAAUGUCGGAUAAUUGCUGAUGAGUUUUUGCGCAGUAUGAACAAAUCAGUUGAUCCUUGUGACGAUUUCUACAAAUUUACUUGCCAAGGUUGGACUACUACCGAUGCUCCUUCGUACUUACCACUUUGGGCGCGUUUUAUAAUGUUCCAAGAAGUCGUUUACAAACGACUGAAGGGUAUUUUGGAAAAAGACCAGCAGCCAGACGAUAUUUUGCCGGUAAAACAGGCAAAAAAAUGGUUUAAGACCUGCAUGGAUUCAGAGGGUCUGAAUAGACGCGGCAUAAAAACAUUGGAAUCGAUACUGAUGCGCGUGGGAGGCUGGCCAAUUACAUUAGACUCUGAAGAGUGGGACGAGGACGCUUAUAAUUGGGAAAAAAUAGAUAAUUAUUAUUUCCAAUUAACGUCCUCCCAUAUUUUUUACCAAUUUAAUAUAUUUCCAUACGUCGGCGCUACGGAUGAUGACAUUGGGAUCUCACCAGGUGAUUUGCCGCUGGGGGAAAAAUUGUCUGAUAAAUAUCGUGAUUAUAAGGGAAAUGACUACGACGCGUACAAGGAAUUUGUUUAUAAGGUCGUUGAAGUUUUUUCUAAAAACCAUAAAGGCAAAAAUUUUUAUAGGGAAAAACUUGAACGAGAUGUUGUUAGUAUAGUCGAAUUUGAAAAGGAAUUAUUUAUGAUUCGUGAAGAUGAUGACGAAGGAGAUGGAUUUCAGCGACAAAGAAUUGGCAAAUUUAUUGAUUUCUACGAGUCAGAAAUAAAAAAGUCAAACCUUGAAGCCUUUAAAAUUGAUUUCAAAAAAUCAAUAACUGAAUUACUAGCUAUGGUCGGUCAAAAAUACAAUAGUUCAAUGGAAAUGAGCAUCAAAGACGAUGUUUACUUUCCAAAGCUAGCUAAGCUGAUGAAGAAGACACCAAAAAAAGUAAUAAUCAAUUACAUGCACUGGCAUUUCGUGAGCAACAUGCUUGAGCACACAACCAACGAAAUGAGGAACUUGAUUUUCGAACUGAUGGAAAGGGAGAUUGGUGUUACUGAGCGACCUCCAAGAUGGAUGGAGUGCGUUGAAUUGACCAAAAUGCAGGAAGCGGUAGCGUACGCUUUCAUGAAAGAGUAUUUUCCUUCAGAAACCAACACUAAGAUGCAAGAGGUGAUUAAUAACGUACAAGGCAGUGUUGAGACAUUGAUUGAUAAUUCGAAUUUCAUGAACACCGAGGUGAAGAAGGCUUGGAUAACCAAGCUCAAGAAUAUGAAGUUUUUAGUCGGGUUUCCUCAGAGUUUUCAGAACAAUUCCGCCAUCAUCGCUUCUUUUCACGGGUUAAUUAUUGGUUCCGAUUUGAUAGACAAUAAUUUGAGUUACGAUAGAUACAAAGUAAGAUUCAAGUUAAGGAACUUUAUGACGACAGGUCCUGUAGUGGGUUGGUCGACGGAAUCAUUGACGGUUGGAGCAAGUUAUGGUGGAAAUGUUAUAGUUGUACCUGCGGCGCUGUUUCAGCCUCCGCUUUUAACUCCAAAUUUACCAGAAUUUGUUAACUAUGGCAUACUUGGAACGACUAUAGGCCAUGAAAUCGGACACGGAUAUGAUGGGAUGGGAAUAUUCGACAGUGGAGAUUACGAGGAAAUUCCGAUCACGAAAGAGGAUGAGAAUAUUGUUCUUGAUAGCUUUAAAUGUUUCUCUGAAUUUUAUGAAAACUUCAUGAAUAAAACUGAUUAUUCAGAAGAUGAACUCAGUUUUGGUAAUCGUACUUUAGGAGAAAAUUUGUCUGACGUAAUGGGAAUCCAUGCAGUAUUCGACGCAUACAAAAAAUUAUUAUCUAAAACAGGCGGUGCUGAUAGAAAAUUACCAAAUUUUGAAGAGUUUACUGAUGAGCAAAUGCUGUUUAUUUCUUAUGGAAAUAUGUGGUGUGAGAUAGCCAACGAGCAGUUUGCUGAGAAACAAAGAAGAAAUGACGUCCAUAGCCCAGGUCGCAUAAGAGUAUUAGGUGCGUUAAAAAACAGCCCGGAAUUCACAAAAGCAUUUAAUUGCCCCAAGAGAAGCUCCAUGAACCCGGAUAAAAAGUGCAACAUGUGGGAAGCUCAAGUUAAACCUAAAAGUCGUCGACGGUAUGGAAAACAUCAUACGUGGAUUGUGAAUUGAUGAUAGUUUAGUAAAUGCUCGUCAUUUUUUAAAUUCAGUUAUUUAUAUACUCAGAAAAAAAACAAUAAUAUUUACUGUUUUACAUAUCAUGUUCCUGAAGCUAAAAAGACGUAUAAAAAAUUUUUUUUAGUAAUUUUUCAUACUUUUAACAUUUCUAAGUUAAUCGGAGCAAUAAAAGUUUUAAAUAGA